AUGCCGGCGCCGCAGAAGAAGCUGCUGUUCUGCACGGCCGGGCUGCUGAGCCUGGGCUGCGCGCUGGGCGCGGCGGCGGCCGUGGGCAGCCAGCUCUGGGUCCGGGGCUCCAUCCUCUGCAGCACCGGAGCGCUGCUCGUCAACGCCAGCGGCCCCGAGCUGCACAAGUUCAUCGGCGCCAUCCAGUACGGGCUCUUCUCCGGGCAGCGGGUGCGGCAGUGCGGGCUCGGCGGCAGACCGCUGCACUUCUCAUUUUUUCCAGAUUUGCUCAGAAUUAUCCCUGCAAGUAUCCAUGUCAGCGUCAUUCUGUUCUGCACAGUGCUGAUUGUCUUUGCCCUGGUGGGAGCAGGGUUCUUCAUGUUCAAUGCCUUUGGCAGCCCCUACGAGACGCUGCACGGCCCCGUGGGGCUGUACCUGUGGAGCUUCAUCUCCUGUUCCUGUGGCUGCCUCAUCAUGAUUCUCUUCUCCUCAGAGGUGAAGAUCCACCACCUUUCAGAGAAAAUUGCUAACUUCAAAGAGGGAACUUUUACAUUCAAGACUCACAGUGAGCAGUUUGCAAAUUCCUUCUGGACCAUCCUGGUUUGCUCCCUGGUGCACUUCCUCAAUGCCCUGCUAAUCCGAUUUGCUGGAUUUGAAUUUCCCUUUUCAAAAUCAGAAGAGUCAGGGACAAUCACAGGAGCGGUUGACUUGAUGUAUUAAAAUGAUGGGAUUUAAAAACAUUUCAAGCAAAGAAAUUUGUCACUAUUACAUCAACAACCACCAGAUGUACCAACCUGUGAACGAUUGCCUUAGAGAAGGUAAAAAAAGGGAAAGUUUCAAAUAAGUGUUAAUGUGGUGUAAGCAGUGAACAAAAGAAGAUGUGCUGUAUGGUAAUGCCUGGAUGGAAAAGCCCUCUAAGACAUUUUUUUCCUGUAAACUGUUUAAAAAGUGGCUGGUAAGAAGAAAACCAGGAAUCUCAGCAGCAUUACACUGAAUCUGGCAAGUCCAAUCAAUGGGUUCAGUGGAAGCACACGCUCACCAGCAGCAGCUCUGCCCUCAGCCCUGGUGAAGGCAAGGAUGCAGCAGAGACCGGGUCAGAGCAGCAGGGCCAGGGACACCCAGCAAGGCACAGGGCAGUGCCCAGGCUCUGCCCCAGCACACCCAGACUCAGCUCAACUGCAGCACUCAGAGGGCACAACCCAAACACCUGCACUUCCAUCUGGCUCCCCAUGCAUGGCAACAGCAUCGUUUCUCUCCAUGGAACUCUCUGGGUUUUUCCUUUUAACAAACCAAACCGCUCCAAACCCAAAGCCCUGGGAGCCCUCGUUUCCCCAGCAGCUGCUGCAGCUUGGUGACAAAGCUGGCACAGCACGGCAGAUGCAGGGGAGAUGCCACGAGCUGCUGCUGGCCUGAGGGAGGCAGCCAGGCCUGGCAGAGCCGAGCAAACCCUCUGCAGCUCACCAGGCAAAGGGCAUUUCCCAGGGCAGAGCCACGGGACUGAGCCCAGGUACCGCCACCUUCCACUGCCCCCUCCAGAGAACAGCCCUGCAGAUUCUCAUCAAGCAAUGCCAACAAGCCCCAUCAGAACCCCUGGUGAGGGGCAGCAACAGCACAGCAGACAGGCUCUCCUGCAGGCUGCAGCCCCGCAGGGACCGAGGAACAAACACGGGAGGUCUGGCAUGGGAAGCCAGAAUGGAUGGACACAUCAACCCUCGCCCCUGGACAGCCCCAAGCCAGCUAAAGCACGGCAUGCUCCCCAGGCUGAGCAUCACAGCACCAAACGCUGCCCCCGUGGGCUUACCUGGGCGCCAGGAGAUGAGCUGCUCCUCACAGCACACAGAAACACACGGAGGCACAGAGCCCCUGCCCCAUUUAUUAUCUGGGGGGGCUGUGCCCAGCUCUGGGUGAGGGCAAUCCCUGCCAAUCCCUGCCAGCUGUGGGUGAGGGCAAUCCCUGCCAGCUGUGAGUGAGGACAAUCCCUGCCAGCUGUGGGUGAGGGCAAUCCCUGCCAAUCCCUGCCAGCUGUGGGUGAGGGCAAUCCCUGCCAGCUGUGGGCGAGGGCAAUCCCUGCCAGCAUCCACCCAGUGCCCAGGUACAGAUCAGACCCAGGUUCCAGGUAUCACAGCCCUCUGCACUUCAGGAUCCACCAGCCCACAAGGCCUUACUGACUUUGAUGUCAUUUUUUUGCAUUUUUUUUACUGUGAAAGGCAAAACACUGCCGGGUUGUUACAAAGGUUUGUCAGCUGCAUCUUUCCCAAGGUAGCUCUGCCUCCUCAUCUCCCUGGAUUUCAUCAAUGUGGAAGGGCUUCUGCAAGUCAGCACAACUCCCAGCUUCUUUCAUCAUUUUCUUCAUAAACUAUAUGCAUAGUCCUCCUGAUGUUAAUGUAUGUUCUUAAAGCAUCAUUUGCGUUGCA